CGAGCUGAGAAAAUGCACAAUAAAGAAGAAAAACCCAAUAUCGAGAAACAGAGCAACUCCCCAAAACAAACAGAGAAAGGAGAGAGAGAGAAGGGAAAAAGCUCGCGUCUUUCUGAUUCGUGGACUUCAAAUUCUUGAAAAUCUCCUUCUUGGUCCUGUCGGCCGUGUUGGGUCGCUCGGUUUUUGGCUCAUCCGUGGGUGGUUUCUGUGGUUUCGAGACGGGGUUGCUCUGGAGCUGCGAGUGAUGGGCGACGAGAAAUCGCCGAUGGCGAUGGGGAGCCGGGAGAGGGGGGAGAGAGAUCGGGAGCUGCUCAUCCCGGUGGCCGAUGCCGGGGGCGGCGAGUCGUCGUCGUCCUCCGCCAAGCCCUCUCCUUCGUCUUCGUCUCUGCACCAGACGGGCCGCGAGACAUUAUACAAAGUUGUUAGGAGUUGGGCUUCGAAAAAGUUUAUGACUGGAUGUGUCAUCCUCUUUCCAAUUAUAAUCACAUUCUACGUGACAUGGUGGUUCAUACACUUUGUUGAUAGCUUCUUCUCUCCAAUUUAUAAACAACUUGGGAUUGAUCUAUUCGGUCUUGGAUUUGUCACGUCCAUAACUUUCAUCUUCUUCAUUGGGGUGUUCAUGUCAUCAUGGUUGGGUGCAUCUGUCCUCAGCCUUGGAGAGUGGUUCAUUAAACGUAUGCCAUUUGUUCGUCACAUCUACAAUGCCUCCAAGCAAAUUAGUGCUGCAAUAUCACCAGAUCAAAACACUCAGGCAUUCAAAGAGGUGGCUAUCAUAAGGCAUCCUCGAAUCGGUGAAUAUGCAUUUGGAUUCAUCACUUCAUGCCUUGUUUUGCAGAAUUAUUCUGGGGAGGAAGAGUUGUGCUGUGUUUAUGUCCCCACAAAUCAUCUUUACAUUGGCGAUAUUUUCCUCGUUAAUUCCAAGGACGUCAUCAGACCAAAUCUCUCCGUCCGUGAAGGGAUUGAAAUUGUUGUCUCCGGAGGAAUGUCAAUGCCUCAGAUCCUCUCUACACUGGACUCGCGCAUUAUGCCAAUCGAAAGAAGUAGACCUAACAGAAGCCAGCUCUAGUUGUGAACGAUUUCUUUCUUCUGUAAUUUGCCAUCUUUCUCAUCCAAUUGGGUUUGGCACAUCGAUUGAUUCGCGCUGUUAGGGGUCAACUCAGAUAUGAAGAGUUCAGGGCGUUUCUCGUGGUCAAGGCGACAAGAGUUGGAUGGCAUACAAAACACAGGUUUCCAUUUAGGGUGCAGAAUUAGUGUUCUAUCGAGAUAUAGUGAGGGAUAAUUGUAGAGGUGAAUUGCUCUUUCGGGUUUUCGAUUUGAUUGUUUAUGCUUGCGAUUAGUGUUUGUUUUGGUGGAAGAUCUCUCUGGAUGAUACUAGUGAACUAUGUGGUGCUGUAUUGCUGCACUCAUUUAACUUAGAUAACCAACAAUGUAGAUAGAAAGGUGAACUUGUUUGUUCUAAGUUCCUGCACGGUUCUUGGAGUCCUACGCUGAUAAAGUUUUUUGUCCAAAUUGAUGUUUA